GUGCUCUUUUUCUCUAGUGCCUAUUAUGCGGUAAUUUGAUGCCGUUGAGCCGUAACAAUUGUCUACGUUCUAAAGUUUCUAAAAGAUACAAUCAGCAUCCGUUCAUUGAGUUGCUUCCAACACUGCCUCCAUCUCCGUCUCCGCGUUCUGUGUGAACUCUAAGCCAAAAAUCACACAUAUACUUUCCGAAGGGGCAGCAGUCGGGUUGGAACAAGCGCGGCUGCUAUUCCUCAUCUGGUUUGAUAGUGCCGGGAUUUUGUGAUUUCGAAUUGAAUUAAAAAACUGGCAAAUAUUCAAAAUAGUACAUCGUACGCGUACCACUCCCUUACGUGCUUUACUUUCUAAUUAAUUGUGAUCAUCUAGUAAAAUUCGGUGCUUUUUGGAAACCUGGUGCCUAAUAGUUCGAUAUCAAGGCUCGAGAGUCCUUUGAAUUGAGUGUUUGGAACAGAACUAUUCGAAAAUAGUCGGUACGCACGAUCGAACGCAGGAUGCAGUACGUUGCAAUUAUUGGUGCACUUUUCCUUACUGUUGCAGUGCAGGAAGGAUCAGCAAUUCGAUGCUAUGAAUGCAAUAGUCAUAACGACAGUCGAUGCGCCCUAGAUAUCCCGCCAAAUGAUCUAUCGAUCGAAUGUGGAAAUCACAAACAUGGCGUUACCUACACAUUUUGCCGGAAAAUAACUCAAAUCAUUGAGUUUGCAGUGAACAACUUACCACCAGAUAACCGAGUCAUCAGGACUUGCGGAUGGGAUGACUCAGCAUACAAGAAUGCUUGCUACCAACGUGCAGGAUUCGGUGGUCGUCAAGAAGUCUGCGCUUGUUCAACCGACAACUGUAAUGGCUCAACAUCAAUUCAAGGAACUUUAGCAAUAAUUGGUGCUGCCCUAGCCGCAACCUUCCUCAUUUUCCGAACAGUCUAACUUCCAUUUCGUAAUGAAAUAAUGAAUGCAGCUACCAAAUCGGAAAAUUCCGCUCCUUUAUCUUUUGUUAUUUCGAAGUGAAAUAAUUAUUAAUUUGAAUAUUAGAUAUUUAUAAAUGCAACAAACCAAUUUAAACGUUUUAAGGAUUCAUUGAGAUCAGCCAUACUGCAUUAUCAGAAUAAACAUGGUUUUCUAUUAUAAAUAACUUAUUCAGCUUACAUUCAUCGAUAGACAAUAGAGUUUCAAUGAGAAUCCUCCAGGAUCAUAGUAGAAAUACCUUAGGUAUUAGCAACAUCACAUAGGACACUUUUGCUGAGCCACAUAUUUCUUACCUCGAAAUAGAGAAAACGCUGUAUUUCCUCCACGAAACUUACGCAUUCCUUUUAGGUGAUCAUCUCAAAGUAAUAGUAAACUAGCUCAAGAUGUAAUUAUUGCAAACUUAAUUGAACAAACUAUCAAGCAGUUAUCAUGUAUCUACUACAUUAAAAGCAGUUAAUCUGAAUUGUUAGAGAAAAUAUUGAAACUAAUGUUGAGACUCCAUCUUACAUUAAUCAAGUGUUAUUUUUGUGACCUACGCAAAUCUGCAGAGGGUUGACUAGGAUAAUUCUCAUUAUAUCAUUCUACAGAUUUUUCUGAGGAACUACAUGGAAUGUUUGAAUCAUUGUUUUAUAGCAAAUGGAGACGUAUUGUAACAAGUUAUAAAAUCCAUAAUGUAACACCGAAAGUAGGCAAUUUAUUCGACGAAAAUUCAUUAGUCAUAUUGAAUGAAGGCACAAAAGUAAAGCUAAAUAUCAAAUAUACAUCAUUAAUUUCUGUAACAACUGCCAAAACAGGAAAGAUACCAUCAAUAGAUUGUAAACAGAGUGUAAGUGAAAAGAAGAAAUAAAGAAGAAAAAGCUACACAUAUUCAA